ACACGUAGCAAAAACAAAGAAGCAAUGGUAGUCCUGUCGAAGCCUGCAGCAAUUGAACACUACUCUUUCAUCAGAAACUGCAUGCCGGCCACAUUACAUUCAGGAAUUCCAUUGAUAGACCUCUCCAAACCCGACUCCAAGCACCUCAUCGUCAAGGCCUGCGAGGAGUUUGGAUUCUUCAAGGUCAUCAACCAUGGCGUGCCACUGGAGUUCAUCACUGACUUGGAAUCUCAAGCUGUCAAAUUCUUUUCCUUGCCACUUUCAGAGAAGGAAAAGGCUGGGCCUCCUGCUCCAUCCGGCUACUGUAACAAGCGAAUUGGACUCAACGGCGACGUUGGUUGGGUCGAAUACCUUCUCUUCACAACCAACUCAUGCUCGAGCUCACAGAGAUUCACCUCUGUUUUCGGAGACAGCUCGGAAAAGUUUCGUUCUGCUUUGAAUGACUAUAUAUCAGCUGUGAGGAAGAUGGCCUGCGAGAUUCUUGAAUUAAUGGCUGAUGGGUUGAUGAUUCAAACGAGAAGUGUGUUCAGUAAGCUUUUGAUGGACGAACAGAGUGACUCUGUUUUCAGGCUAAAUCACUACCCUCCAUGCCCAGAGCUUCAGGCUUUGAAAGGCAGGAAUAUGAUUGGAUUUGGAGAGCACACUGACCCACAAAUCAUUUCUGUGCUGAGAUCCAACAACACAUCUGGCCUCCAAAUUUCAUUAAGAGAUGGGAAUUGGAUUUCUGUCCCACCUGAUCAGAACUCAUUCUUCAUCAAUGUUGGUGAUUCUUUACAGGUUAUGACAAAUGGGAGGUUCCAAAGUGUGAGGCACAGGGUUUUGGCAAACAGCUUGAAAUCAAGAGUUUCAAUGAUUUACUUUGGUGGACCACCUUUGAGUGAGAAAAUUGCUCCUUUACCCUCACUCAUGGAAGGAGAAACAAGUUUGUACAAAGAGUUUACAUGGUUUGAGUAUAAAAGAUCUGCUUACAAUUCUAAAUUGGCAGAUAAUAGGCUUGAGCACUUUGAGAAAAUUGCAGCCUCAUAAAUGUAUAAUUAUUAAAAAUAGGUUUAAAGACAGGAGAUCACAAAUUUCCCAUAGAUGGAUUACUCUGUUUUUCUUUCUUUCUUUCUUUCUUUCUUGCUUUUUUCUUUUUCUGUGUUCUGUUUCCUCUGCUACAAACUUCAUGUAAUUACCUCUC